CGUACACCGACUCAGUUCAUCGUAAGCCGUGAACGGGAACGGUUCACACGCCUAUGUGACCGUGUGCGUAUGCUGUGAAGGUUAGUGACGCGUAAUCAUACCGUGCAAAGGAGACGCCUGGUCAUUCGUAACCAUAAAAAGGAGACGCCUGGUCGUUGACGGUGCUUACAAACACGCGUAGCGUGCAAACACCGACAGAUCGGUGCUGUGGUGCAGAAAAUUCGCUUGAUUCUAUUGACCCAAUUCGUGGCGGUGGUAGCAAAUUAGAUUUCUUCGCGAAAAGCAAUGUGCAGACAAUAUGCUGGUUGGAGCUGUCAACAGUGAAUGUCACAAGUGCAUUUUUCCGUAGUGUAUCGUUGCUGUGGUUUAGUGAAAGAUAGCGGAAAGGCUCAACAAAUUUAUUGGAAACCAUUUAUAUUUGGGAAAGUGUAGUAGUGCAAACGAUGAAAUCGUUGUAAUUGCUGGUAAUAAAAGUGUGCUAUGUGGGAUACACAAUUAUCCCUCCAUAAUGCCGUGAAUGUUGUUUCGAUUGAAGGUAGUGAUUUUUUAUUCCUUUUCGAAGAAGGAAGCAAUGAUUCUAUGAAACAUCGUUCCAGUGUUUGAAGUAACACGAAACAGGCAUUCAGGUUGAGUGGUUCCAUAAGUGAUAAAGUGUAGAAAUGUUCCCACAGGAAACACUCUGCUGGAUGUAAUGAUCUCCGGCUUCCUUUCAUCAAAAGAAUAUGAAGCCAGCGGACCGCAACUAGCAGCAACUAUGAGACAGCUAGCGGUAGUGAUGAUAAUUUUAAAUAUAAAUUACGGUCGCCUUCAUUGCUCUUACACGAUGGACAUCGAUGAACCGCACACGUAUACCCCACCGAAGCACUAUUUCCAGACGUCCUCUUUCGAUGAGAACGAUAUUAAUGACGACGGUGCCGCCAAAAGUCCGCUCGAUCGGGGACCGUACUUUGACAUCUCGGCCUCACGGAACGUUACCGCGCUCGUUGGCAACACGGCCUAUCUUAACUGCCGUGUCCGAAACCUGGGCAACCGGACGGUUUCCUGGAUCCGGCAUCGGGAUUUACAUCUGCUGACGGUAGGCAAGGCAACAUAUACCUCCGAUCAGCGGUACCAGAGUGUACAUAAUCCCCAGCUGGACGACUGGUCACUAAAGGUGUUAUACCCACAGCAGCGCGAUUCCGGUGUGUACGAGUGUCAAAUCUCCACGACACCUCCCGUCGGCUACUCGAUGACAUUGUCCGUCGUCGAACCCGUUACGUCGAUAGUUGGAGGACCGGACCUAUACAUUGACACCGGUUCGACCGUGAAUCUGACCUGCAUCGUACAGUAUCUGCCCGAACCACCACCGCUGAUCCAGUGGAAACACAACGAGGAGGAAAUUAACUACGAUUCGGCACGGGGCGGUGUGUCAGUGAUAACGGAGAAGGGCGACAUAACGACCUCCUAUCUGCUGAUCCAGCGCGCUCGCAGCAGCGACUCGGGCAAGUACACGUGCUUGCCAUCGAUGGCCAAUCCCACCACCGUGCACGUGCACGUGCUGAAUGGCGAGCAUCCGGCGGCCAUACAGCUCGGACGACAGAUUCGCAGCAAUUGCUUGCUGUUGACGAUGCUCUUCCUGCUACUGAUGGCGUUAUCACCCGGGCACCAAUAUGGAGAUCGAUAAGUUGAAGCCGGGAAGCCUCACAAAAACAGGUGAAUUGAAAGUGAUGUAGAUACGGUCGCCGUGGGAAAUGUCACUCUGUACAAAGUGUGGGAGGAACGAAACCGAACAGCUAUACUUAAUGGUUACGUGGAAAAUGUUAUAAACAGGCCAACAUAUAGAAUUGAUUUCAAAACUGUAAGUCUUACGUUUUUCGUGUCGAAACAUUUGAAAUUUGCUGUAUAUAGGUAAGGAAUCGAAAGGUAAAAACUGUACAAAAAGUAAUUUAAGUCUAAUUUGUUGGUACUUAAGCAAGAAAACUCAAUCUUUUAAACAAAACAUUAAAUCACUAGUACGUAAGAGAAACACACGCACACACGUAUAAACACAAGAAAAGGAAAGUUUCUUCCUGUUGAAACGAAAAAUUGAACAAUCUUCUCAUUUGACAAACUUCCUUAAAACAAAGCCGAAAAAUAAACACGGCUCAAAACGGAUGGCAGCGUCUGUUUAUUCCCUCUUGAGAAAAAGUAUUGGAAAAAGAUCUUCUACCUAUUGUACAAAAAGUAAAGGAAAGUGAACAGACGACCAAGAGAGUAAAUAAAUUUUAGCACAGAAAUAACGUUGUUUGAUUUUGUGAUUGUUUCAGGCUAUUCGUGAGAAAUGAGCAAAGAAUACAGAAGAAUAAAGAAAACAGCAGCGGAAACGGUAAAAAGCGCCGACAGUGAACGAAGUUUUCAAUUUCACACAUUGCGUGCAAUACAAACAAAGGCGGAAAACCACACAACUAAGCCGUACCGAGCGCUUUCUGCUGUACGUUAGUUGUUCACUUAAGAAAAAAGGAUGAUUGUUUUGUUUUUUCUUCAUGCUUUUAGCUUGGUUUGGUUCGGUCGGAGGACUCAAAAAAACAAA